GGGGCGUAGGAGGCUCCACCUCGCUCCGGGGCGGAGGCGGCAGCAUCUGCAGAGCCGGCCCCAGUUCGACCCCCGGCGGCGGCGGAGGCAGCCUCUCCCGGCAGCGGGGCCAGCCAGACCCCAGUCUCGGAGCAGCCGCAGAGGAGACGCCGCCCCCCCCCCCCGUCAGACUGGCAGAGGAGGGUGGGGGGGGGCGCGAGGCGGCAGCUUCUUCGCGGGGGGGGGCAGUGGAUAGUGACCACAGAAACUGCCCAGCGGGGAGGGGGGCGCCCCGCCCCACCCCGCCCGCGGCAUCUCCCCCCCCCCCCGCGACACAGACAGGCGGCUGCCUUGCGAGGCUGCAGCGGGGAGGGCGACGCGGAGAGCGGAGGCCGCAGGGCGGGCGGCUUCCUCCCCCGGCCACCCGGGGCGGUCCCAGGGGGGCGUCGGCGGCGGCAUCUCCGCUUCCGGGCGCAGCAGAAGGACGAGCCGCCGCCCUCCCCCUCCCCCUCCUCCUCCUCCUCCGGCAGACCAUCCAGCCGCGGCCUCCACUGCACGCUUCCCCGGGACGAGCAGCCCCGCUAAAUCAACCGCGGAAUUCGCUACCAGCAACUCCUCUCUCCGACUCUAGCACUUCCUGCCUCUACGGACUGAGCGCACACCACGGACGCAUGCGCACUUUACAGGGGCCAGAGGCUGCUACGGGGGCUGCCGCGGGACAAACGCAGCCAAGAUGGCGGCGGCAGCUGCAGGAGCGGCUGCGGCUGGCGGCGGCGGCGGCCCUUGCCCGGCCGGGGCGGGGAGCAGCAACGGGGGCAGCAUGGAGGUGGACGCGGCGGCGGGGCCGGCGGUGAUGGCUUCGGGCGUGACGGGCAGCGUGUCGGUGGCGCUGCACCCGCUGGUCAUCCUCAACAUCAGCGACCACUGGAUCCGGAUGCGCUCGCAGGAGGGGCGCCCCGUCCAAGUCAUUGGGGCUUUGAUUGGCCGUCAGGAAGGCCGCAACAUCGAGGUCAUGAACUCCUUUGAACUGUUGUCGCACACAGUGGAAGAAAAUGUGGUUAUUGACAAGGAGUAUUAUUACACCAAGGAGGAGCAAUUUAAACAAGUCUUCAAGGACCUCGAGUUCCUAGGCUGGUAUACAACAGGUGGCCCCCCAGACCAGUCUGACAUCCAUGUCCACAAGCAGGUGUGUGAAAUAAUUGAGAGCCCCCUCUUCCUCAAGCUAAAUCCUAUGACCAAACACACGGAUCUGCCUGUCAGUGUCUUUGAAUCAGUGAUUGACAUAAUCAACGGAGAGGCCACAAUGCUGUUUGCUGAGCUGACGUACACACUGGCCACAGAGGAGGCUGAGCGCAUUGGGGUUGACCACGUGGCACGGAUGACUGCAACAGGCAGCGGCGAGAACUCCACGGUGGCUGAGCACCUCAUUGCCCAGCACAGCGCCAUCAAGAUGCUUCAUAGCCGCGUCAAACUCAUUCUGGAAUAUGUUAAAGCUUCGGAGGCAGGUGAGGUGCCCUUCAAUCAUGAGAUCUUGCGGGAGGCCUAUGCCCUUUGCCACUGCCUGCCUGUGCUGAGCACUGACAAGUUCAAGACAGAUUUCUAUGAUCAAUGCAACGACGUGGGCCUCAUGACCUACCUGGGCACCAUCACCAAGACCUGCAACACCAUGAACCAGUUUGUCAACAAGUUCAACAUCCUCUACGACCGCCAGGGCAUUGGUCGCCGCAUGCGGGGCCUCUUCUUCUGAGGUGUUCUCAAUAAAGCCGUGGUGAUGAGGCCA